CAGAAAAAAAAAAACAAAAAACAAAAAAUAAAGGGAAAAAGGCGAGCGAUGACGGCGGCGGCGGCGACGAAGAAGAAGAGGGGCCGGCCGCGGAAGAAGCGGGAGGGCGGCCACCUUCACUACUCUCCUCCUUCGCCUCCACGGCCGUCGACGGCUCCCCGCCGGACUCUCCGCCCACGGCGCCGCCGUACCCUCCUAGACGAUUUCGCCGACUUCGACGACUACUUGGAUGAAGAGGAGGAGGAGGAGGAGGAGGAGGUGAUGGAGGAGCAGGAAGGGAAGGGGAAGAGGCGGAAGCUAAAUCUCAUACUCAAGUUGCCUCCUGCUGGCCCGACCACCGCCACAACGGAGGAGGAGAGGCCUCGGAGGGGUGCGCCAGUGGUGCCCGCAUCGUCCUUUUCGUCGUUGGCUUCGUUUUCUUCGUAUGUGGAUGAUGAUGAUGAAGAGGACGAGGAGGCGGAGGGGGAGACAAUGAAGCCGCCGAAGAAGCGGCGAUUAGACGGAUGUGAUGAUGGUGUUCGUUCUGGUGGAUCUGGUGACCGAGAGACGGGGAAGAUAAUUCUUCUUCAGAGUUUGAAGGGCUCUGCUACAGGGGUGUCCACUAGUUCUCAGGUGGCAGGAACGUGUUUGCCCGAGAGGAAAUUUCUGGAGGCCGUUCUUGACAAGAUUCAGAAGAAGGACACAUAUGGAGUGUUUGCGGAGCCAGUGGAUCCUGAAGAGCUUCCUGAUUAUUAUGAUGUGAUUGGGCAUCCGAUGGACUUUGGGACUGUAAGGAAGAAGCUGGCAACCGAAGCCUAUCGUUCUUUUGAACAAUUUGAGGAUGAUGUCUUCUUGAUUUGCAGUAAUGCCAUGCAGUACAAUGCACCAGAUACAAUAUACUUCAGACAGGCACGGUCUAUGCAAGAUAUUGGAAGAAAAGAAUUUCAGAAGCUAAGAAUUGAGGGCAAAUGCAUGGAAACUUAUUCUAAAUGUGAAGAGAAGACUGUUUUCAAUCCCAUUGAGAAAAAACUGCUACAGAUGUGCCCGCCAAGAGUUGCUCAAGAAAAUUUUGUGUCUGAUAUCUCUUCUGCUACAACUAUUGCUUCUGGAGGUGAGCCCUGUACUGGGUUGAGCACAGCAGAAGCUAGUGGUGUAGAUCCUGCAACCACUUCCAAUGGUCUUGCUGAUGGCAGUUCUUCCCUCGGGGAGAGUAAGUCAGAGAAGGUGGAUGACCUUAGAGUGAAAGGCUCUCCAUCUAAGCUUGGGAAAAAGUCACUUGAGGGAGAUGAAAAUCGGCGUGCUAGUUACAAUGUAUGUGACGAACAGUCUCCACAGGUGUCUGGCAUGGUUUGUGAUGUUCUUGAUGGCGAGCAAAGGAAGCUGGUCCCUGUUGGACUCGAUGCAGAAUACUCGUAUGCAAGGAGCCUGGCUCGUUUUGCUGGUAAUCUUGGGCCCAUUGCCUGGAGAAUUGCUUCACAGAGAAUUGAAAGUGCAUUGCCUUCUGGUGUUAAGUUUGGUUCUGGUUGGGUUGGAGAAUAUGAACCACUUCCAACUCCUAUUCUUUCUUUCGAGAACAUUCCCCAGCUACAGCAUCAGCAACUAGAUACAAAUACAACUCUGCAGUCCAAGAUGCCAUUGAAGGAUAAAGCAACUGCAUUGGGUAAAAAAGCCAAUGGAAAUAGUCGGGAAGUAAAUUAUGGUAUCCAGAGUAAGCUAGGCACCACAAUUUACAAUAGAGGUUCUGGUCCUGUGACGGGGGGAAAUAAUCUUUGUGGAUUUACAGAAGUGAAGCAACAGUCGCCUAGCUUCAUCUCUGAAACUCAGCUAAGGCCAAAUGCUGCUGUAUUACAACAGAAGAACAAACAAGUGACCUCUAAGCUUGCCAAGGUUAGUGGUACCUUUUUGGAACAAGCCCGAGAACAUCAGCAAUCUUCCUCAAGUUGUAGUUUGGUAGAUCAAUCUGUACAAAGGCCUGAAAUCUUUACAGGGGUUGCCGCUUUUAAACCUCCUGGGAGAAUUUCAUUAGACAGAAAACUUGGGCAGCCUGAACCUCUAAAACAAACAGUGGCAAUGGUGCCAUGCAGUACAACUGAUGGAAGAGUUCCUGUUGGUCAAUCAAGUAAUGGGAAAGUCUUGGGUGGAUCUAGCAGCAACAUUCUGGGAAAUACCAUGGGAUUUUCCUCCAAAUAUCAAAAAGGAAAUGUGGGUGAUGAACACCAGACAUUACAUGAGUAUGGCCUCAAUCAUCCGUCAAGACUAAUGGGCUGGCCAAUCGAGAUGCUUAACCAGUCGAACAUUUCAAACAAUUCUGUUGAUUCUUCUAAAUUUUUGCCAUCAGCUGUUCCACCAACUGGUAGAGAAAGUCCAAAUACUGCAGAUGCUGCUGCAGCUGGAGCAUGGAUGUCCAUUGGAGCUUCCACACAAUCUAAAACGUCAGUUAAUGCUGUUAAUGGUCGUGACAGUCCAAAUGCAUCUGCUUCUACAUAUUUUUACGGUUCUACUUCGAGAGCACCAAAGGUAUCCUCCAGAGUUUCUGAUGAUUCCAACACAACUUCCAUGUCUCAAGCCUUUAGGCAGCCCAUUCAGGUGGUUGGUUCUGAACCCCAGUUUUGUAACAAAGGACUGGUCAUCUUCCCACAACUAGGCGCAACCGGUAUGUCCAGAUUUCAAGGUCAGACUCCACAGCAAGGCCUGCUUCGACAAACAGAAAACAGGCAUCCUAAGAGCGUUUGCCCUCCAGACUUGAACAUUAGCUUCCAGCCCCCAGGAUCUCCUGUUCCGCACUCUUCAGGGAUUCUCAAGGACUCUCAGCAGCCGGAUUUGGCUUUGCAGCUUUGACAUUUCAUGUUUGGUCCUGUUAAAUUCGCCACGCAGGAAGUUAUUGAUGUUGUGCAACCAGCCAUUGUGAAUUGAUGCAUGCAAAAGGAGAGGUUAAUCGAUGUGGAAUUCCUCUAUACUGGAUGAAGCUUGUGGCAGGAAGUUUGGUAGAUACUUGAAGGGGAAAACACACCGAGUGGUGAUCGCUCAAUGCAACAGAUCUUUUGCUUGAAUCAUUUGUUAUGGCCGGGCAUGUCGCGGAAGAAUUAGGUAAUUCCGAAGACCAGACUAGCAGAUGACCUAUGUGGAUUGCAAGUAUGUGGUUAGAGAAUUAUGUAUCUUCAUAGACCACAAUGGAUGAUGGCUUCAGGUUGCUGAUACUCUCAUCUUUAGCUUCCACCAUGGCAACAUAUCAUCUUGCAGUGGAUUAGCAAGUGAAUUGGGCAGAUGUACUUUGGGCAAUUCAGUUGAUCUGGUCUUUCUUCCGUUACUGUUUAACAGCUGUAGCAGAAUCUUUUUUAGAUUCUGUCCAAUGAAAAGAAGCCAAAUUAUGAUUGUGAUCAUCUUUUUUUCAUGGUAUUUAAUUUUUCUAUAUAUUUAUAUCCGUAUUAUUGGAUCGA